AUGCGACCCGAACAUCGAGGACGGAAGUGUUUGGUCCUCGAUCUCGACGAAACACUCGUGCACAGCAGCUUCAAGAUUCUUCAUCAAGCCGACAUGACGAUCCCAGUGGAGAUUGAAGGGCAGUACCACAACGUAUACGUCAUCAAGCGACCUGGUGUCGACAAGUUCCUCAAGCGUAUGGGUGAAAUCUACGAAGUCGUUGUUUUCACAGCUUCCGUCUCAAAGUACGGCGACCCGCUCCUCGAUCAAUUGGACAUCCACAACGUCGUCCACCACCGUCUCUUCCGCGAGAGCUGCUACAACCACCAAGGAAAUUACGUCAAAGAUCUCAGCCAGGUCGGCCGUGAUCUCAAGGAGACCAUCAUCAUUGACAACUCGCCAACUAGCUACAUUUUCCACCCACAGCACGCAGUCCCAAUCAGCAGCUGGUUCAGUGAUGCGCACGACAAUGAGUUACUUGAUCUGAUUCCGGUCCUGGAAGACCUCGCAGGUUCCCAGGUACAGGAUGUCAGUCUGGUGUUGGAUGUGGCGCUAUGA